AUGGGUGCGUUACUCGCGAUUGCGAGUACAGCCCUCGCGCAAGACAACAACUGCUACGAAGACAAAGGUAACUGGUACUGCAACUCGGUCCAGGCAAUCUCGUACUCGAAUUUCGGCACACCGGGUCAGUACCAAAAGGUGUCGUACAUGGGAUCGAACGGGGAAUGCGAUUUCGUCGGACAGAGUUAUCAAGGAGGAAUGGCGCCGAUGGACGAAGAGGUAUCAUGGCACUUCCGUGGGCCAAUUCAGCUGAAGCAAUUCGCGUUCUACACUCCCGGCUCUGGUAACACAAAGCGAUCGCUGCACCCCAACCCGCAACAGCGGCCUUACCCACACAAACAUCUUCACAAUCCAAGGGGUCAUGGACCCGGUGAAUUCGGAAGUGAUAAACAUGUGGAGAGCAAGCGCGGUGUCGGAGACUGGGUCACAGCAACCAUUGAUGGACAAGUCGUGUCAUGGAUCAAUCAGUACGCAGGCCCUGGUGCUGCAGGCGCAACACCGGCGGCGGGAAACGGUGGUGACAAUAGCCAGAGAUUGGCACCUGGAUCAGCAAGUUCUGCAUACAGUGCUCCUCCACCACAAGCGAGCAUGAAUGCAGGCUCGGGCCAGUGGGGAAGACAAGCUUAUUACAUGGCUGAACAAGGUGUUGCCGAUGGGCUUGUCUUCUUGAACCAUCACGGCGGUGAGGGUUCGGGCGUGUUUGACACCGUUUGGGGCAUGUCGCUGUCGUAUGCCUCGUCGGAUAACAGUGCGGGCUCUCCGUCUCCAGUCCCUUUGGCAGAUGUCUUGGUACCAGAUAACAGUGAGUUUGUUAUCAUGAGUGACAAGUCAUGCUCGGAUGGCGGCUGUGGAAUUGUCCGAGAUGGGACAGUUGCCUACCAUGGUUUUGACGGCACUUCCAAGCUCUUUCUGCUUGAAUUCGGCAUGCCCUUAUCUGGCAACACAGGGUUCAAUGAUGACAUGCCUGCAGCAUGGAUCCUGAACGCUCAAAUUCCUCGCACUGUUCAGUACGGAAAUUGCUCCUGUUGGAGUUCUGGUUGCGGCGAGUUUGAUGUCCUUGAGGUCCUUGACUCUGGCGACCAAAAGUGUAAAUCGACUUGGCACGGGCUGAAAGCAAAGGGCGACUCGAAUUGGUUCCAGCGACCGAUCAGCGGGACGACAAAGGUUGCAGUAGUUUUCGAUGGGAGUUCAAGCACUGCGCAUAUUGCGAUAUUGCCAGAUGAUACGAACUUUGACACGAGUAUCUCGGACGAAACGGUGGCUGGAUUCGUCAAUUCCAUUCAAAAUUCGCAGCUGAGCAUUCAGGUUGCCUUGGACAGUUGA